AUGCCGACUGUUUUGAGCAAAAAGGAGUGCCCGGAGGGAACUGAACCGCAAAAAUCCGAUCAGAAUAAAGUCGAAUGCACGAAAGAUGAGGUGCAAGCGGUGGAGCCGGGCGCAGUUCAUGGAUGGUUGAUCACUGAUAGAGAUGAGCAGCCGAUUAUCGGUCGCGAGAAAUCGACUGGCGACGAAGUGGCCCAGGAUUCGAAAGGGAAUUUUCACAAUGCGAAAACCGGUGAAUGUGUGCGAAAAGAGGACAUUUGUUCUUAUGAU